AUGCCCCCUCAACGGAGCGCAAAGUCGCCCAAAAGCAACAGCAGCGUUGACAAGAUCAACUCAUUCGCAACAUUCUCUCAGGCCCUCUCGACGCGCCUCCCCUCCGCAAACGAUACCCUCUCCAUCGACGCCCUGCUCGUGGAGCUCAACCCCCAGCUCGAGACUAUUAUCCGUUUCUCUGUUAGUCCAAGAACGAAAUCCCAGAGGGCGGAACUUGACAGGAGGGGGACGGAGCUUUGGAAUUUGUGUACCCGACAACGUCGUGAAAAUGCGGACGGGACGGCGGCAGCACCGGCUGCGAGGAAGAAGCUUUUGUUGCGGAGUAGGACGUAUGCUUUCUUCAUGAUUAGCAUCGCGAGGGGCGUUCCGAGCGGCGCUGAGCCGCAGCUUGCGGAUGUGAUACAUGUGAUGAAGUUGGCGCUCAAGGCGGGGAAGACGUGUCUUGAUGAAGGCGGUACCAGCUCGAGUGCUCUGAAGCUCGCCGAAACUGUGUUCGAGAAGGGGGCGGGAUACAGCGCGACAUUAAGUCAGCUACAGGCCAAAAUGUUGGGACCGGAUGAUUUGCAAGAAUGCAAAAAGCUGGACGCUGAAUACUUCAUACUCCGAGCAGCACUGGCAAGUUCGCUCUUGAGUUUGAUGGCCUGGAAAACGGAUAACUUUCCCGUCAUGGAGUUCAUGUACAGCAAGGGACACCUCCAGCCGAAUGCGCUCGAUCCUACUUCGGCCGAGAAAAUGACACAGAUAUUAUUCGAGAUAGGCAGAGACCUCUCCAAGAAGGAAGAUUUCGGCAUGGCGGUAAGGUGGCUCGAACGGGGGUACGACAUCAUCAACGCCCAGGACCUGUCGCUUCUCUCCCGCGACGCUAUCGAGCUGCGCCUCUCCGUCUGUCAAGCCCUGAUUCACGCGCUUCUGGGCCUCGGCACGCCAGAGUCCUCGGAAAAGGCGCUUGACCUAGUCAGCUACAUCGAGUCCGAGAUUGGCGAGAAACCUGUUGUCCUCCUCCUUCGCUUGGAGCUCUUACAGAAGGCGCCGGCCGAGAUAUUUGACAUUGAGGCCUAUGCUAAUAUUCUGAGGCGAAUGGUGCGUUCUUUUAACUUCUCCGAGGCGCACUUUAAGCUCUUGGUUCAUCACGCACGAAAGUUGCAUGAUAAGAGCCCGACGCUGGCGACGAGCGUCGUUGAUGGGAUGCUUAGGGGCACUAUUGUUUCUUCUGGACGCGGAGAGUGGGUCGAGAGACUGGUAUUGUUGAGGAUAUGGAUGGAGACGACGCAGAGAGAUGGUAUGAUGGCCAUAGAAGAGCUGAUGGGGGUUCUGGUAGGCGUCCAAGAUAACCUGAGUGAGCCUUUCGGGGCUUCUACGGCAGUCGGAGCUUUGACUCUUAUUUGGAAAAAGAUCGAAGUCAACUACAAUCAGGGACACUUCGACUUCGCAGAUGGCUGGUGCCAAAUAGCCCUGCAGCCUCUGUUCCAAAAUGGCGGACCUGCGAAUAUGUCGAGACUUGGCAGAAAGCUCAUUCUCUGUGCCCUUGGAAGAAACAACGCCGAGAGGGCGCGGCAAGUCUUUCAUGGCAUGUCCGAGACAGCGCAAAACGAACCGAUGACGAGGUACCUCAUGUACAAGGCUGCCCUCCGCUCAUCCGACCAAGAAUUGGCUGCUCAGUGCCUGGAAAGAGUAGCUCUCUCAGCACCAGAGGACCCUAAUUUUCUUUAUGCUUGCGUCCUCGAGGCGCAACAGGCUGGGGAUAAGGUCUGCGCGAUGCAGGCCAUGAAGCAGCUGGUGGAGAAGUUCGAGUUCAGCGAGACGUCUCCGAUUCAUUUGCCAGCGCUGUUGCGGUGUAAUAUCCGACUCGCUGUCUCGAUUGCCGAGAGCGUAAAGGGGGCUAGGGAGCGGCAGGGUACAGUGGAGGAAGUGCUUGUGCUUUUUGAAGGAGCUGUCGAGGCAAUCCAGCGAGGCCUCAGGGACAAGGAUGGUAACCGGCUGUUCACCGUCAAGGAACUCGACUGGUUCUGCCAGAACGCGUAUAACCUCGGCCUCAAACACUCGGACAGCUGGGACGUAAAGCAUCUUAUCCGACUUUACAACAGCUGCCUCGCUAUCGCGAAGCAUUAUCCAGAGGAUCUCCCUGCUGAAGCUGCGAGUGACCUCGCGUUCAGGACAAUGUUUUGCGAGUUCAUCGCGGCCGCUGCUCUCGUAUCGCUCGCCCGGACGGAAGACAACGUCGAGCAGCAGCUCCAGCAUUAUCUCAUCAUGCGGAGGCAUGUCGUGGCGUACAAUGCAGCUCUGGAGAAGCAGAUGAGCGAUGGUCUGGAUACGAGGCUGAAGAGCGAUCUAACGGCCAAGCUGGCAACUUUAAUGGUGUUUGAUUUUGAGGCUGCCAUGGCAUUGAAAAAGACUGAUGAGCUGGGAUUCAUCAUCCGUACGGCGGUGACGUGUCGGGACGAGCUCGAGAAGAUGAAGGGCGACAGGCUAGCAAAGUACAUCCGGUGCAUGUUCCACGCCGUAUUACCACUCGAUGCGGCGCUGGGGCAGAGGCUGAUGAAGCAGGCCGUCGACGUGGCGAGGGAUUCUCGCAAGAGCCAGCAUCCGUUCCCAGCCGAAGAGCUCGAGUGGCUCGUCACCGUGGGCUUUAACCAGGCAGUGGACGCUUACAAUGUCCGACAUGACGACGAGUGCAAUACGUGGGCGGAUAUGGCGCUGAAUUUGGCGCAUUAUGCUGAUGACGGUGGGGAGUUGGAGAAGACGGUGCAGGAGAACCGGAUGAAGUUGAAGUUUGACUUGCCCUGA